CACUCUCUCACUCUCUCACUCGAUUCAAUCUCUCACUCGAUUCAAGCUCUCUUACAAUCUCUCAUAUCAUUCGAUUCAAGCUCUUUGUGUUUACGGGAUCUACUCGAUUGGUGUUGCAUCUCUCUAACUAUAAACGGAAGAUUUCGGCUUAUUUUGUCACGGUCAAAGAGAGCUUACUAUACAAUCUCCUGUUUUCAGGACUCUCAUCGAUGAAGUUCUUCUCCGAUCAAAACCUCUCUUACGCUGAUAUUCUUCUCCCUCACGAAGCUCGUGCUAGAAUCGAAGUCUCUGUUCUCAAUCUCCUUAGAAUUUUAAAUUCCCCUGAUCCAGCUAUCUCUGAUCUCUCCCUGAUCAAUAGGAAGAGAAGCAAUAGCUGUAUAAACCAAGGGAUACUCACAGAUGUUUCAUAUAUCUUCCUCUCUACUUCAUUUACUAAGAGUUUCUGAAAAUUCUUGAAG